CAGAGUGCAUCCAACUCGCGCUGAAUGCACGCUCAGUGUCUGAUGCUGUGUGACCUAUCCGAUCGUAACCCUAAGGGUCCUUGUUGACUACAAUAUUCUUGCUAUCUCUUUUCGUCAUAUCGGAUCGUGACAUUUCGACAGCAAUGUAAAUUAAGGGCACGUUAAUAGUGCGUUAUCUCUGCGCGCGUCUCUGACCGGAAGACUUCGCGUCAGGUGCUGCUGUUGAAGUAAUGAAAAGACUCGCGUCCUCGCCAGGUGGACUGUGAAGAGCCAGAAGAGGAAUGUUUAUCCGAAAUUUAUUGCCGCUCAGUUUGGGUUUUUGGUCGUUUUUGUUAAGUCGCUGCUUUUUUUCAAUAUUUCUUCCAUUUUUGCAGUUUGCUAAAGGAGAGCUGCAGAAGUCAUGUUCCCGAACCACAGUGUUGCCGUUGGAAGGGAGUUGCCAGUUGCCAUGCCAGUGUAAGCCCUACCCACCAUUACCACCUCCACCCCCUCCUCCGCCACCCCCAAGGCUCCUGGCUCCAACUGUGGCUCCCUCCACUGUGUCCCCUAUAACACCCUGGAGAAGAGAGAUGGAGAUCUUGGUACUGGGGACAGUAAGCUGUGCAUCUGUGGUCUUCCUCCUUCUGACUGUCAUCAUUUGCUACAAGGCCAUCAAGAGGAAACCCCUAAGAAAGGAGGAGAACGGCACAAGCCGAGGGGAGUAUGCCAUGAGCUCACGAUGUAAACAGCAGGUGGAAACCAAUAACACUGGAGUAUAGUGGCCAUGCUAAAGUAAAGUAAGACAUGCACAGAUGAAACUCUGUAUCCUAUGGCACCGCCAUCUCUCUGUUUAGGUUUAUGAGAUGGGGAAAAAUGUAUGAAGCAGAAUUUUAGAAACUGAACCCACGUGGUUGCCCUUCUGGGGAUAUAAUAAUAUGUUUAACAAGAGACUACUACAUAAAGUAAGUAUAAAAGUAAAUAGAUAAUGACUGGUGUGUGUAAGCAAGUAUAUGCAAGGUUUAGGGAGACACUGAGACUUAAAGAUGCUGACAGUUAGAAGAGUAUCACAAGACUCAGACUGUCAUGCCCCAGAGGCUCCUCUGAGGACAAUAUACGACACCAACAACAAAAUGAAACGCAUGCACUUUCUGUUGAAUGCAGUGAUGUUUUCCUGUCUUAAACUUAGUCUCUGCAAUGUCCCUCGUUAUAAAUAAAGGGUUUCCUCACUUCGUGUACAUGUAUUGGCCCGUAAACAUAUUGUUAGAGGAUCCAAAUGGAUUGGCUCAUCCUGCUUUUUGUGUACCAAAUAUAAAUGACACGUUCUGCCUGAAAUUGCCCCCAGUUAUUUUUGCUUAUAAUGUGUUACUAUGCAAUUGAAAAGGACUGACAUUUUGGGUUGCAUGUUGUCAAUACAAAGGUAUAAUGCUAGCACUAACAUUGCUAAAUGUUAGUGGUGAUUUUAGUCUGAUCGUUCUAUACGUACAUAUAAUGUAUAUGUAUAUUUUAGGAGCCUAAAUUACGGUGAUGGUGUAGUUUACAUGUGAGAGACAACAUUAUACAUACAUUCGAACAAAACAAUACAGGUUAAUUGGAUUUGUGUUAUGCUAUUAUUUUAUUUAGGUUAUAUUUAAUAACAAUGAACAGAUACCCUUGAGGUGACCUUGCUGUGGCUGGCCAGUUCCCUACAGAUUAUUAUAUCUUUAUUAUUAUUGCAAAUUAUAUCCAUAAUGUUUAACCUAUUAGUCAAAUUACAUGUUACACAAGAAAACGAAACAUUAAAGGGACACUUCACUUUUUUUGAAAAUAUGCUCAUUUUCCAGCUUCCCUAGAGUUAAACACUUGAUUUUUACCGUGUUGGAAUCCAUUCAGCCCAUCUCCGGGUCUGGCGCUAGCACUUUUAGCAUAGCUUAGCAUAAUCCAUUGAAUCUGAUUAGACCAUUAGCAUUGCGCAACAAGAGUUUUGAUAUUUUUUCUAUUUAAAACUUGACUCUUCUGUAGUUACAUCAUGUACUAAGACCGACAGAAAAUUAAAAGUUGCAAUUUUCUAGGCAGAUAUGGCUAGGAACUAUACUCUCAAACUGGCGUAAUAAUCAAGGACUUUGCUGCCGUAACAUGGCUGCAGCAUGCGUAGUGAUACUACGCACUGCCUGAAAAUAGUCCCCUGCUAUUGAAAGUAACCAAUUUUUCGUCGGUCUUAGUACACAAUGUAUCUACAGAAGGCCAAGUUUUAAAUAGGAAAAAUAUAGAAACUCUUUGGUUAUUUUUAGUGAGAUGCUAAUGGUCUAAUCAGAUUCAAUGGAUUGUGCUAAGCUAUGCUAAAAGUGCUAGCGUCAGACCCGGAGAUCAGCUAAAUGGAUUCCAAAAUGGUAAAAAUCAAAUGUUUAACUCAAAAAAGUGGAAUGUCCCUUUAAGUUGAACGUGAACAUUAUGUACAGUGCAAUAUGGCCUAGAUUUUAACAAAGCAAUGGGAAUACGUGUCUUUUAAGAUGCCAGAUCAUACAUUACAUUAGUCAAUCAUACACACAAAACCGAAAUUAAUAUGUAAAAUGAAACAGCACACUAGUAUGCAGUGAGAAUAUCAGUCUGGAUUUCAUUCUCCUGUCAUCUUUUUUGGUUUAUUAUGGAGUCUUCUCUCCUUGAAAUUCUAUAGGGACUUAUUUUUUUAGGGAUGGUACAUCAACAGUUAAUGCUGAUGCUCAUUUUGAACUCAUUAAUGUUGUGUUGGUCUUUGUUUGAAAGACAUGAUGCUUCAAACAACAUUAGACUUAGGCUCUCCAUUGGUUUAUUCAGAUAUUUUUUUAUUUUGUACACAGGAUCUUGUAUUUAAAAAAAAAUCAGUCUAAAUGUAUAGAAGUGAUGCAAUUGUUCAUACAUACUGUAGUAACAUUGAGCAAUGAAUCACAAGCUUUUUAAACUAACAAAGUAUACAAGCUGUAAACAAACAUCCAUUUUUUCUCAUCCAUUAAAUAUCUUCCACUGUAUAGCCACUCACUUGUUCAACAAUAUCAUAUAUAUGUAUUGAAGAUAUAUGUGUAUUAUACUGUACAAAGAUACUAGAAUUGUAUUGCAUGAAUGUACAUAUCAAUAUCUGCCUUCUUGACAGUCUUACCGUGUGUACAGAAUAUGACAAAAUGUUUAUAGGGAUAAGUAUACGUGUUUGUCAGAACAGAAUAAGUGUUAUUGUUUGUCUGGAAAAAGCCAUUAAUGUAUAUUUGAGUAAUCAGAGGUUGUUGCACAAUGUAUGCAUCACAUACCAAAAUGUACGAUAUAUUGUGCAUUGAAUUAAUUUAUUGCAACUUUUUUAGUUUUAAAUAAAAAUGUACUACUGAA